UCUUCUUCGUCAACGAAUCCUCGGACUCUCCGGCGAUGCCCCGUCGAUUAAACGACGGCGAGCCUGGCCGUUUUACCGCCACCGCUCUUCUUUUAAUCGGUUUGAUCUCUUGUGUUAUCGUCUACGCUGUCUUCUCUACUAUCCUUCGUCCUCAAGAUCGUAGACUCGUUGAUUCCGCGGUUCGAUUCACGGAGGGGUCGCGAGGUCACGACGCGGCUGAAGAAGGUGGAGGCGGGUGUUGCCGUGGAAUUGAUAAUUUGGAGCUUUGGGGUCCGGCGGUGAAGUGGGGGACGGAUUUCAAGUUUAAUUCUUCGGAUGGAUGUUGUAAAGCUUGUAAAGUUAUGUGUAGCGGUAACGAUGGACCUUGCUUGUGCGAUUCAUGGGUCUUCUGUGGAAACAAAGACGCUUGUGGGUCGAAGUUUGGAGAGUGUUGGUUGAAGAAGCAAAAAGAUGUCUUGGUGCCUGAUCGACAAGGAGGUGGGGAGAAAGUAAUGUGGACAUCUGGGCUUAUCUUCGGACAAGGCCAGGGCAUUGUUGGUUUUGAAACGGAACACGGCGUAAUUCAUGUCAAACUUCACCCUGAGUGCGCUCCUCACUCAGUAUACUACAUUCUGAGUUUGUUAACUCUACGCCACUGUGCAGGCUGCCAGUUUCAUCGAGCAGAGAACCGGGGAUCAUAUUGGGACUCAGAAGGCAAUCAUGUAAAGAAUGCUCCCUUUGGCCCACCAUACGCUAUGAUUCAAGGAAUACUCCACGCCGAGGGAAACAUGUUCACACCGAUUCCAACCGAGCACUGCCCAACUAUAAGCCGUGGCUCGGUGGCGUGGGUCGGCUCGGGUCCAGAAUUCUUCAUCAGUUUAGCAAACCACCACGAAUGGAAACAAUCUUACACUGUAUUCGGCUCAGUUCUACCGGAAGACAUGGAUGUUGUGGAGACGAUUGCCGGUUUACCGACAAGAGCCGAUGUCUGGAACAGCGUCAAUGUCUCUGUGCUGGAGAAACCGGUGUCCUUAACCGUAUGGAGAAUGAAGACGGGCCAAGAACAAGAAGAAACCGGUUCAUGAAGAACACAGCUAGAAAUGAGUCCAGAAUAGUUCUUGUU